AUGCAUUCAACAUUUGAAAAAGUCGCGGUUCCCAAAAUACCUAGAAUAAUGUAUGUCUUUAUUGACAACCAACCCCCCCCCCCCUCCCCCAAAUUCACAUUGUUCAAUCUACGGUUUUCCUCUGGCGAAGCCCUCAUAUUGUAUCCAUUCGGUCACCUGAGAAGUUAUACCCGCAAGUACGGACACCGAUGUACCAAAGCUGGGGAUUAUAAUUCCUUAUACGAGAAAAGUCGGCUGAACAUGUCAUCAUUGUCUCGUGUCAACUCCUCGUCGUCCGCUCCACUCGGUCCCUGGUCGCAUAUUUCUGGUCACAGGUAUCUCUUCAUGAACUAUCGUACGACUUCGUGUUACAAAGGACCCUGUUCCAUGAGCGAUAGCGCUCCGGUCGAGCCACUCAUUCCCACUUCCAUCUCUGUGGUGACUGAUGCUCUGGUCAGACUACACACGUAUACACUUGAAAAGAAUUCCGAAUACUCUCUGUAG